AACUUUUUGCGGUUUACCUGGCCUCAACUGAAAGCGUCUGAAUUGGAAAUACAGAGCUAUAAGCGUAUACACAGAGCUUAUCGUAACUCUGCAAUCUUGAAACCAUCAGCAGUCCGACCUUGCUAGAAAAAGUAUGAACAUUCCAAAUUUUAAACUUAAUAGCGUUAAACUUUCCCAGUAUUUAUAUAUGAACACUUUUAGACCUGUUGAUAUUCUUCAAAGUUUUUCUCAAAAUUCAUUUUGUACACAAAGCUCUGUAAAAAAUCCAUACCUGGAAAAGUAUGCAGCCAAAAUAAUAGAAGCUAAAAAGAAAGCAAAGAAGGAUUCUAAAUUUCUUUCUGGAGAGGUUCAUAAUCUUGCUAAUGUUAAACCUUCAAGUUCAAAAUAUAAUUGGGAAACAAAACAUGCUGACAACAAAAAAUCAAAUGGAAAAAGUAAUUUUCAAAAGGAAAAAGACCUUAACCUGAUAAUGAAGUUAGAUGCAAUUAAAGAAAAGUCUGCUCAAGAAAUUGAAUCUAUUUGGAAAGAAUAUCACAAGUUGAAACAUGGAGUAUAUACAGUUUUACCUGCAAAGUUGUUUGAAAAAAUUUCUUCGAAUUUGAAAAAUUUUCCUAUUUUUUUAUUUCCAUUGCCUCGAACUGAUGGCUAUGAAUUUAUAAUGUGUCAAUUUCUAGAUCAAAGCUGUUACUUUACAUCUUUAAUCAAUUAUCAAACUUUCAAAGAAAAUGCUCCUAUAUGCCUUACAGUUACUUAUUUUACUGAGCUAAUGAAUGAAAAAGAUAUUGUCUUGAUGAGAGGAGAAUAUGAUAAUUCCAUUCAAACACAUGAAGCUCAGUGCUUAGUGAAUCAGUUGCAGCUAUAUUAUGGUAGUCAAGAUGAAAAAAUCUGUACUUUAUUAUCUAAGUUCAAUAAUCAGCCAGAUACAUUUAAUCAUAUAGAUUUGAUAUCUGCUUUUGAAUCUACUUUUCAGACUGGUUUAAUAAAUUCUUGAUGAAUUGUU